AUGUAUUCUACUACAGCACCUCUUGAUUUGGAUUAUCUCAAUGAACAGUUGCUUCCCCGGCGCUACGAAUCGGAAGAAGAGGAGACGUCAGAAUCAGAAUAUGGGGCCCAUGACCAUGCCUUUUCGCCUAUCAAGACUGCCGGUCCCUUCGACUCGGAUACCAGUGCAGAUGAGCUUUCCAAUGUGAAUUCCCCAGAGUCGCCAAUCGACAAGUCGUCAUUCGCCCGCCUCCUGUCAGCCUAUCCAUCCGGCAAACAAAGUCGACCCGUAUCCAUGGAUACGGUGAAACGAAGCAGUGGAACGACAUUUGUACCAGAUUCGUACAUUUUUGACGACGAUGACGACGUGAUCAUUGAAUUGCCCUCCCCUAGUGCUACCUCUCCUUUGCAAUCUCCCAUCUUCCUUCAGCCCACAGUCUACCAACCCCCGGCGUCUCCCCUGUCGCAACAGUCACGAUCUCCGUCUCCGGCCCUCAGCGAGUCGGAUGAAGAGACAGACGUGCUCGUAGCAGAGCAGGUCAAAUUUGUGGAACCCUGCGCCAAACCUAAUCUAAUCCUAAUCAGUCCCGUCACCGACGGAUCAGUGGUCGAAGAACCUGAACCCAUGUCGGCAGUUUCUGCUGUUUCUGCAGACGUUCCCGAUCGCUUCCCACCGGGCCAAGGACUCUAUUCCUUGAACCAGGGAACCAAAUCACAGCCUUUGUUGAGCGACAAACGGCCCGACUACCUGGGUCACAUCAAGCGCGGCAGCUUGCAGCUGCACAGCAAAUAUGCGAAACAAGCCCCCAAACGGGCCGAUACGGACCCCUUCACAAUGCCCCGAGCUCUUGCGGACGUUCCUGAAACUACCCAGCCGAUGACCAUGCGCUCGCGUGCUAUGACGUGGAAUCGACCACAGACGUCCGCCGACAGUGCAUCGAACCGCGGUCCCAAAGCGGGUCUCCUCCGCCGUCCGCCAUCUAUGCAAAGUGUCGGUGGUGCUGGUGGUGGUUACUCUCUGUUCCCGAGCACCAGACGAACCCCUGCAUAUCCUAGCGAUGAGUACCAUGCUCGGUCCACCUCGGUGUCCCACUCGAUCGCCAGCUCGGACAUGAGCCAGCCACCCUCGCGCACAUCCAGUCCAGCACCAUACUACUCCUCGCCUACAUUCAACCGACACCGCUCGGGUUCAUCAUACAGCGUGUCGAGCGUCCCCGGCAACAUCUCACAGCGGCCACCAUUGCGUAACUCGAUCAUGAAGAGCUCAACCGCAUCGAGCGUAUACUCAGCCAGCAGCCUGCGAUCGGAAGUGGAGAGCGUGCACAGCCUGGAACCACGGGAAACCGCCGAGACAGAAGUUGCCAAGACGGCGCGGCGGAAGAAGAGUUUUCGGCGCAGCAAGCAACCUAAGCUCGAGAGCACGACAACCGAACCGCUCCCAACAACUCCCAAGAGUUUCAUGGGGUUCAUGCUGCGAGGGCGGAGAAAGUCCACCAUUCAAAAGUCCUAA